CAUUUUGGAGGACAAAGCCUUGAACUCCUUCGAUCAAAACUUUCAAAAAUUCGCUUAAAAUGGUCAAUUUCUGCGCCGUUUAUGGCUGUUCAAAUCGUUCUAAUCGCGAGAAAAACCGAAGUUUCUUUCGAAUCCCAGCGAUAAUUUAUCAUUCGGACGAAAAAACGAAGAAUCUAAGUCGAGAGAGAAGACAAAGAUGGCUGGCGAUGAUCCAAAGGCAAGACUUGACUGACUCGCAGAUAGUAAGCACAAGAAUCUGCAGUGAUCAUUUUAUAUCCGGGAAACCUUCAGCUUUGUAUGAUACAUUAAAUAUUGACUGGCUUCCAACACUCAACAUUGGUACAAACAUAGACAGAAGGUACAGGAAAGGGACAUACUCAAGAAUCAAGCAACRAGGAGAAAAGCGAAAACGAGCCGACACUGCAGACACCCUUCUUCAUCUUUCCCAGCCUGCUGCUGUCCCAAUCCUAGAUCUACCAAUUGUGACCUUAAAGGAAGAAGAUGAUGACAGACCUUUCAAGUCCUGUGCCGCUAUGACUUGUGUAACAAUGUCUGAUAUCGAAAGACUUGAAAGAGAAAACUUCAACUUAAGGGAAGAGAAUAGAGAUCUGACUGCAAAGUUAAGGACACUGAUGCGUUUGGCAAUGGUGACUAAUAGAGAUAAAAUUUUAGGACCACCAUUGUCAGAUACUCAGCCAGUGGAAGUGUUACAACAGGUGCCUCAUACCCAGCCAGUAGCAGUUUUACAUCAGAUGCCACAUACGCAGCCAGUAUCAGUUUCACCCAUGUCACGUACCCAACCAGCUGUACCAGAGGUCACAUCAAUGGCAAUUGGUGAAGUUGCUUUAGUAAAGGUGUUAAAUAUCAAUCAUUCUAAUAUAAAUGAUUAAAUAUAUUGGUUGUUUCAAGUCUCCACAAGUAGAGGUACUCAGAUGUUGUUUUUUUGCUAUCAUUCAUCUAAAACAUUAAAUAUCUACUCUGAAUUUGUUCUGUUUUUGCAAAUGUCACACACAGUCUGUGAUUUAGCAAAGUCAAAGUAAAUGGACCUCAUCCAUCUAGGYAUAAAAAUUUAGUCAUCAUUUCAGAUCAUAUGUCACUGAUCUCCAGAGAGAUAAGAUUCUUUUUCUGAGUUUUAUCCUGAGAUUUAUGUGUCUUGCCACGCAUAACCAUUAAAUAAUGAAAUGAUACUCUAGGGAACGUGGACAUAUGGUCUGACAAUUAAUAGUGAUUAGAYGUAUCAGAUUUAUAUACUUUCAUUCACACACACCUUGUGUUUCCUCAAACGUUUUUUCAGUUAUUUCUUGCCUCUUUGAUUCCAAAAGACAUGCUAUCCUUCUGCUCUGACAGAUGUAUUAUACAUAAGAAUCUGUUCCUGAUAAGGAACACACAUUUAUAUCCAGGGUUUGAUAGCUGAAGGAAUAACAAUGAAAAGAAUAACAUAUAACUUUGCGUAGUUUCAGAAAAUAUCAAUACCUCCCAAAGUAUUUCACAAGAGAAGGGUUCUUGAGAUUUUGUGAAGGGCAUUUUGUGUAGUACCUGAAAAUCAGGGCCCUGCUGAAAAUGUCUCUUACCUCCACUAUCAAGAGGAAAUUUUACAACAACAAAACUAAGGGGUGGAUAAUAAGGAGGAGAAUAUAUCUGAUAAUGCUCAAAAUGUACCAGGUGAUUUCGUUUCUUUCAUCUGGAACGCAAUUAGCCAAUCAGAGAACAUUUGAUUUCUUCAUAGCUCAAUAUUUCCUAGCUCCAGGUUUUCGGCUCAAAUAACAGCUUUUACUUGAAAGUAAAAAAAAAAUAUUAUAAUAUAUUAUGUCUUUUAGAAAGAGCAUAUUUCGUCAUUGUUGGUGGAAAAUAUUUCACUUUGGUAAAAUUUAAAGAUGAUACAAAACACUUGGAAAUCUUUGCAAUGACAAACAGUGCAUCGUGCCUAUAGAUUCUGAAUCACCUGGUAUGAAAUUUUUAUUUUGUAGAACUUCAGCUUUUAUUAAAUAUAUUUAUUCUGGACCAAUAUUACUAUAGCUAGUUAGACCCAUAUUGUAUAAGCAUGCAUUAACCAAUCAUAUAGUUAGUUUCACACCUUGCAAACACAUUUAGUUCCAAUUGUAUUUGUUUAAUACUAUCAUAUGACUCUUUAAAUAUACAUCAAUGCAAAUAAA